AAAAAUAUCCGAAAAGUUCCUACUUUUGCUAUUUAUGGUUAUGUUCACUGUACAUCUGGCUAAUUUUAAUACGUAUAUAUGCUUUUGUACAGUGAACAGUGCUUUGCGAGUGGAAUUAUUAGGAAUUUUGUAAAUGACUUGGCACAACGCGAUACUAUUUUUAUAUAUCUACCACGUCAUCCAGUCGACACAGGAAAAGACGCUUUAACGGUAAAAUAUGUGUUCAUUGAGACAUUUUACUUCGUAAUUCAACUGAAACAUGUCAGAGAGUAAGGUGGAUGCGGAAAUCGUGGGGAAGCAGUAUACAAACGAUGCAAGUCUUAUUGAUACAGUCGAAAUCAUUGACGUAUUUACGUUCGACUUUAGUGAUACUGAUUGUUGGUUAUACAUACCACCAGAGUAUCAAACACAAACCACAGUUCAGAAUUUACAUGCCUGGUUGAGAAGUGAACCUGACCUAAUUUUAUCAGGUAAUAGGAGAUCUAUUGACACAAGAACAUUCACAAGACCUAAAAAACGGUCUAGUAGAAUUAAUUUUGAAUCUAUUCUUGAAAAUUUGUCUCCAACCGUGGCUAAUACAUGGAAAACUUCAUGCCUAAAUUGUUUUUCAAAUAUAGAAGAAGAUUUGAGUAAACAUUUAGAUAUACCUAAUGCCAAAAAAGAGGAAACUAUACCUCUUAUGUUAAAAAUGACACCUGUGACAAAUCUUAGUCUUCUCUCUGAUGAAACCAUGGCAGGAUCAGGUCAAGAAAGUAUGGAAGUUUUCUUAAAUAUGUCUCGUUCAAAGGGAAUUGAUUCAUUUAUUAAUUUGAUGGAACCUGGACUCGGUGAUCCUCUAAUGAAUGUUUCACAGCCUUCUGUUUUCUAUUCAUCUAUCACUUCAUUGCCUAGAGAUGAUUCUUUGCAUAAUGCUGAAUAUGUUAAAGAAGAGGAAACUAUAAAUUUGACUCAUUUGAACGGCCAUCAAGUUGAUAGGCACAAGGAUACUACAAAUUUGAACAUCAAUGAAACUUUUUCAAUGAAUAAUGAUGUAGACAAUAACAAAAGCUACUGUCUGUCUUCGGUAGAGAAAAUAUUUACAAAUAAAUCCAACAUAAACAAACAAAUGGAAUUAAACGAAACGUAUAAGACAGUUUCUAAAACACUUCUGCCAUCAAGUUCAGAUAAAAUUAAACAUGGUACAACUAAUUUGUCUUCCACAUUUGUAAAUAAAGGUGAUGAAAAUACGAAAUUAUUACAAUCCGAGAAUAGCGCAGGGAAAGCUGAUAAUUCGCUCAUUUUAGAUGCUACAUACUGUACAGCAGAAACUGCAAAAACAGACACAGAUACAUCUUUAAUCGUUAAAAGCGAUACGUGCGAAGAUAAAAAUCAAGCGUGCGAUUUACAAAAUAAUGCAGUCUGCAGUGUUUCAGGAAAUUUGAUUGAACCUUCCAUAGUUCCUGUAAAUUGUAGUUUUUCAUUCAUGAAUGAUAAUGCUUUAGACUCCACGUUCAAGCUGCCAAUCGCUCUUGGCAAUCAAUCAACCCCUAAAAAUUUAGAUGCAUUAAAUUCUACAUUUAAAAUGAGUAAUAAAGAACCAACGCGAGUAUACAAUACAGUCUUUGGUUCAAAUUUCAAAGCACCUACAUCGUUGAGAAAAGAAUUAUUGGCAGAAAUACAUAGAAGCGGUGAUCAUAAACUUGAUUGUACAUUUAAUCAUGCCAGUAAUGAAGUUUGUGGUGAAAAGGCUAAGCAAGAAAUAGUCCAUGAAGUUCCUGAUCAGAAUAUAAGGAACGAGAUUCCUGUAGAAAAUAAGUAUAAUACAUACAAAAAGGAAUCAUCGGUUAACAAAACUAAUACUCGGACUGAAAUCGUGAGUGACAAAGGAGCCUGUAUUCCAAGUUCACAAGACAAGAAGUAUUACACGUUUACGAAGAAAAAUAACGCUCAUGGUGGAAAGACUGAUAUGGAAAAUACGGAGUCUUCAAAGGACGUGGACACUACGUUCGUGAAGCCACUUCCAAAACUGCAAAAAAAAAAGCAACAUAUUCCACGGAUGCUUUCAAAAUUACCACAGUUUCUUCAAAAGUCUAAUCCCAAUCUUGUAUGUAAUUCCUUGAAAACUGUCAAUAUGACAGGGUGUAUGAAUCCAUCCAGUAUUGGAUACAUGAAAGGCUCGCAACCGAAUAUCGUACGAGACGUUGAGAAAAGUUUAGCAAAUAAAUUGUACUCCCUAGGAAAAAUGAAAAGUGGUUCCGAGCAACGACUCCUGGAACUUAAUACAGGUGUAGGAGAACUUCAAAUGAUGGGUGCUGGAGGAUCUACAGAAAGUAUCGAAAGUACACAAAGUGCUCAUAGUGCGCCUGAUUUAGAUGAUAGGCUUAGUACAUGUUCGGAUAGUAGUCACAAUUCGUACACUGUGCAGCCAAUGAAUAUCGAGCAAUUGCAUCAAAUAGUACGGAUGCAAGAAGAGAGCUUGAAACAAGAUGCAAUGCCGCAAUUAAAUAAUCGAGUUCUGGAAAAUAAUUGGGUUGACAUAGAAAAAGAUUUACCUUCUCCUAUUAUGAAGAAUGGCAUCAAUAGUUGUGAAAGUAAUUCUAGUUCGCCAUUGAGUACAGAUUCUAAUAUGAAAACAAGCUCUCCAAUACUAAGCCCUACCAGAUCUAAUCAAUCAAUAAAUACUGAUGAUCAUCCGAUGGAACAUGUAUUAAAAGAACAGACUGAAACUGGCAUAAUGAACAAAACUGAAGUGUUUAAUAAACCAACAAUGAAAAUUGAAAACAGAACGAGGCUGCGACAACCAACGAAUUGGAACACUGGAAAUAGAACUUCAAAUACGAUGAGUGCUAUACCUAGACCACAGUCGCGUAUACCAGGUCCCAGGUUUGUCAGACCAAUCGUAAAGAAUACCCAAGGUGAUGUAAAGCGAGGCUAUAUGUAAAAAUUCAGGCGGUACUAGUAAUCAAACCAGAAAUGUGUUUCUAAAUAAGGCCCUUAAUUUAAUCCGUAUUCAUACAAUCAUUUGUAUUAAAGGUGUUUAAAUUAUGUCCUUGGGGGAAGGGCACUUUUUGAAUAUGACAAAAGUUCAGUAUUAUUAUACUUCCAAAAUGUUAAAAGGUAUAAUUGAGACCACGUUCUCGAUACUUUUUCUUUCCAUUUGUUUACGUUUAAAGAGGACAAUGACUUUAAAGAUGAAAUAAUUUCCGCCAGAUUGAAUUCUAUCCUAAAAAAUAGUUGAAAUUUUAAAUGUUUUAUAAGAAAAUAGAAUGCAAUUUAAUUGAAAAGAUUGAUUACGAAGUUACUAGAAUAUAAUGAUUAUAAUGGUUUUUUAUAUAUUCAAACGGUAUGUUUUAAAAAAUUGAUUUCUAAAUGAUUUUACUGAAAAAGAAGAACGCAGAAAAUUGAUGUUGUUGUUUGGACUGACAAGUAGCUCUCUAAAUUAUUAUUCUUUAUCUCAUUUGUUACUUAUAUAGCGUAUACGCUUGCAUUUUGAUUCUUGAUUUGCAAUAGUGUACUUGAACGUUAUUCGGUACAUUUGCAACGUGAAGCUAUAGUUCUUAUUACAAAUGUAGAUACAUAAAAAUAAUUUUUUUACAAGUAUAUUGUUAAAUACGACAAAUGACAUUGGUUUUCAACAAGAAUGUACAUAUAUGCGUAAUGCAUGUAUUCCAUUUGAAGGGUUAAUGAUAUACCAUUAAUGUGCUGUGUAUAUACAUAUAGUAAACUUUUGUACAAACUAUAUGGUUUAAAAAAUAGUGGAGAAGGUAAAGUAGACGGAUAUAAAAAAUAUUUAAGUAUAGAAAUGUAUUCAGAGAUAAGGUUGCAUACAUAGGUACUGCAGCGACGAAUUUAUAGUUUAUACAAGGAAAUUAGGAAUAAAUUUACAAGGAAAAUAUUAAAGCAAUAAAAGUUCUUGAAAAGUAAAAGAUGCAGAUGGAGGAAAGUUAGUGAAUCAAAAUUUGUUUACAUAAAUUAUUUAUCUCCUUCAAAAUACCGAAAUGAUACAUAAAGUAUGAAAUUUGUAUUAGAAACAACUACAAACAGGUUUUCAGAAGUAUGAAAACUGGGAUUUUGUAAUAGGACAGUAGAAAUUCUGAAACGCUGUUUUAUAAAGAACUAUGGGUAAAAAUUUUUCAUCCAUUUUUAUAAAUAUAUAUACUAGAUACUAUCUUUAAAAAAGAAGUAUAAUACAAUAUUUUUUAAUGUAAAUGGCCUAUACAAAAUUAGUUACACAGCAAUUUAUUGUACAUUAUUAAUC